AUGUCACCACGGGCGGAAGAUGGAGUCCCCACAGAGGCCAAGGGUCAGCUCGGGAUUCUGCAAGGACCCCGAGAUACAGUGCUGGGAAGGCACCUCCUCCAGGACAUCUCAGCACCUAACCCCAGGAACCAUCAAGCAAGAGAACUUCAGCUCUCAGAAUGGUUUAAUCCCAGAAAACGCCCCGAUGUCACCACGAUGACAGACUGGCUGGCCCCCGUCAUAUGGGAGGGAACGUACAACAGGCAGGUGCUGGGAAAAUACUACCAAAGGCAGAACCUCACCGUGGGCUUGGCUGUCUUUGCUGCCGGCAGGUUUGCAGACGAGUACGUGGACGCGUUUGUUCGCUCUGCUAACGAGCACUUCAUGAUGGGCUACAACGUCAUCGUCUACGUCAUGGCGGACACCUCCGUCAAGCUGCCUGCCGUGGAGCCCGACCCUCUUCGCGCGUUCAAAGUCUACACAAUAAGCCCCGAGAGCUGGUGGUCCGACCCCAACCUCGUGCGCAUGACGAACUUGGGAGAACACAUAAUACAGCACAUCCAGACCGAGGUGGCCUUCCUCUUCAGCAUGACCGUGAGCCAGAUCUUCCAGAGCGACUUUGGGGUGGAGACUCUGGGCGAGUCUGUGGCCCUGCUCCACGCUUGGUGGUACUUUAAAAAUACCAGGAACUACCUGUACGAGAGGAGACCUCACUCAGCAGCCUGCAUCCCCUUUGACCAGGGAGAUUUCUACUACGAUGGCUCGAUUUUGGGUGGUACACCCCACAAGGUGCUAAUAUUCAUCGAAGAGUAUGUAAAGGGAGUUAUUCACGACAGCAAAUAUAAGCUCAACACUACAUAUGAAAACCACCUAAACAAGUAUUUCUUCCUCAAUAAACCCACAAAGGUGUUAUCACCAGAAUAUAGCUGGGACCUCAUGCUGCACCCCCCUCCAGAGAUUAAGUAUGUGAAAAUAGCACAGCACGCAGAAAGGCGUUUAUGA